AUGAGCACCCGUAUCAAUUUAUCGCAUGAAGAAAACGAUUUUUACUCUAGCCUCUUCGUACAGUGUGACACUGAUGGCUACGGCUACGCUUCAGGUGAUACAGUAUCUUUUCUUUUAAGGAAAUCAGAUUUGGACGAAGAUUUACUGUACUCUAUUUGGGAAAUCGCGGACAAGAACAAGACUGGUCAGCUGGAUUUUUCUGGUUUCUGUAUUUGCAUGAGGCUGAUCGCACACGUUCAACAAUAUGGUCCACAGGCUUUAAAUGAUCCAACUCUUCUGAAUGAGGUUCCUGAACACUUGCCUAUUUUUGCAUUUCCAGAACAGAUCAACCCAAUGGAAAAUUUUAAUACUCAGUUCCAAUUUAAUAACCAUGAAAAUCAGUUCGGCAACACAGAUGAUGAUUUAAAAAAUGAAAAUGGGUUCAACAAAAACAGACCAGAAGAACAUGUUGAAUCAGAUCCCUUCACAAUUUCAAGCUCAGAUUUCGAGGGUUACAAAUACUCAUUUAUACAACUAACUAAUAGCCUGGACGGCUAUUUGCUGGGCGAUGAAGCCAGGGCCUUUUAUCUAAGCACGACAAACCUCGGCCUCGACGAUUUGAUGCACCUUUGGAACUUGGCAGACUUUGACAAAGAUGGCAGACUAACUCUCCGUGAAUUCUGCGUCAUGCAGAAGCUCUGCGAAUCAGUAAAUAUCUUCGAAACGCUUCCAAAGUUGCUUCCUGACCCACUUUUUGAGUUCUUGCAAUCUGACAAUUUCCCAGAUUAUGCCAGUGUGGCUCAAACUCCCCCCGACACCACCUUACCCGUUGAUGUUACUGUUCCCACCGUUCAAGCCAACGUGCCUACACUGCCUCCUCAGAUAUCCAAUACUGUUAACAAGAAGUCUGUGAUGACGAUGGGAGAGAAGGGCAUUAGGAGUGAUCCUUUUGCACCAAAUGAACUGGAUCACCCUCAAGUUUCAACAACAUACAUUACCAAUGACCUGAUCCUGCAGUGUGAGAAUCUUCUGAAAACACUGAGGGACGCAAUUAACAGUGAGAAAAAUUCCAUUUUGGCUACCAAUAACGAGUCUAUUGAGAUUGAGACUAAGCUCAAAAGUGACACCAAGACCCUUGAAAAUCUUAUGGCAGAAUACAGAACUAUUGUCGGAGAUAGCCAGAACAUGUCAAAGAGACGCUCUCUUUUGAACAGCAAACUCUCUAUUGUUAACGACCAGAUUCAGGAGAUUCGUAACCAAAUCCAGAGUAUCCGCGUCUCCAGUGUUGCACUGAGCAGCAGCAUUGACAAGAACAACGAGGAGCAGUCACUCCUCCAGAACGCCCGGCAAAUGUUCUUGAAACAACUUGAGGAAGACACGAACUUGCUCAAAAUUGAGGAGAGAGAACUAGCCGAGAUCUCAAACCAUCUUCAACAGCUUAAACGCCAGAGAGAUCUUCUCAAGGAAAAGAACAACCAACUCAAGGAGUGUUUAUCUCAGUCUGAAAACGCAACUAAGACUAUGCUCAGAUCAAUCCAGCACCAGCAGGGAAAAAUCAUGGCUGUUCGCAACGAAAGGAUAAACUUACUUGAGGAAAGGCUCAAAAUGACCAAUGAAAUCAACAGUCUCAACCAGCAAGACGCCAAUCCAAACGAUUCACUAGGGUUAGCUGACAAUUCAAGUUCUAGUGAAGCUUCCAGGAAUUUCACUGUUAAUAGGAAUGUAAAUUUAGAUAAAAAGGGUAUUCGAGUUUCGUCCUCCUCGUUAAAGGUUGGAGAUGAAUUCCCCAAAUAA